CUGUACAUCACAUACGCGAACAUCCCCCUUCCCACAGGUUUGUUCGCUUGAAACCGAGAUUGUAGUUGCAGGCGUACUACGUCAAGCUUACACGUACGCCACGAGGGCUGUACAUGAAUUGAGCGCUCAACAAGCUUCCCCAUGACCCGAGUUUUUUCAUCGGUUAUCCCGGCCGGAACGAAGAAAGCCGUACUGCCCGACGUCGUAAAGUUUAAGUUUUCCCUUUUCUUUUCCCCAUUCUUUCUAUUUGUGCUGCAUGCAUAUUUCCUCGUCAUGUCAAACUCGAUUCGAAAGACUCAAGUAACUUCACGCUACCUUGACCAGCGAUGGCUUCCCGCUCAAACGCGCUAGAAAAGCAACUUUAAUGUAUUACCCAAAAGAUCGACUUUUUCGUCCAAGCUCGUUAGAUUAAGACGUGUUGAAAUCCUUGAAGAUUUUUACUGUGUUCAUCGCCAAAAUAAAAAAGAAAAAAAAAUCUUGUGCGAAAAGUUUCCACUCUGCGACGCAUUCUCGCCAUGGCUGAGGUCAACGAGACGACUGCGCUGACAAAGGCGACGGCGCAAAAUCGUCACAAGGAUGCCAUUCACACAACGGCCAGGUCUGAAGUAAGCGCCAGCGAGCCGGCCGGCAAACGGGAUUCUGGCUCGGAGCGGCAAGUUCCCAUGAGUGAUGAUGGCAUACUGGAGAUGGGAGAGGAGGAGUGGAAGGCGGCGGAGAAGAGUCUUGUGCGGAAGCUGGAUAUGCUGUUGAUGCCAACACUGUGGAUCCUCUACCUGUUCAACUACCUCGACCGUACAAAUAUCUCACAGGCCAAGCUCAGCACCUUUGAGAAGGAUCUAGGGCUGGUGGGGGACCAGUUCAACGUUGCCGUGUCCAUCCUCAAUGUUGGCUACAUGCUGAUGCAGUUGCCGUCAAACAUGCUCCUCACCCUUGUCCGCCCCUCCAUCUACAUCCCCUUCUGGACCUCUCUCUGGUCCAUCGUGUCGGCCUCCACCGCCAGCGCAAACACCUUCAGCCACCUGGUGGUGAUCCGCUUCUUCCUCGGCUUCGUCGAAGCCCCCUUUUCGCCUGGCGCAAUUUACCUGAUGACGUGCUGGUACCCGCGCCGCGAGCUGGCUCUGCGCAUAUCCAUCUUCCUGACUGGCCUGCCGAUCGCCACCGCCUUCUCUGGCCUCAUCGCAGCGGGGGUCCUGGCCCGGCUCGAGGGCGCGAGGGGCAUCGCGGGAUGGCAGUGGCUCUUCAUCGUCGAGGGGGCCGGCAGCUUCGUCUUUGCGCUGACGUCGCUGCUCCUGCUGCCAGACUUUCCGGACCAAAAGAGGCGCAGGUGGUCGCUCGUGCGCUGGCUCGUCACGGAGCGCGAGAGGCGCGUCGCCGAGGAGAGGAUCCGCCGCGAUCGGGUUUCCCUGCCAGUUGCGGAAGAGAAGGGCGUUUUUUACGGGUUGAAGCUCGCGGUGUUUGAUGUUCGGACGUGGAUUUUUGUCCUAAUGGUAACAGCCAAUCACGCCGCCUACGGCUUCAUCAACUUCUUCCCGACCAUCGUCAAGGGCUUCAAGCUUGGGGGCCAGACAGAAACGCUCCUGUUGACGGCGCCACCGUACGUGGUGUCGGCCUUUGUCUUGCUGUACGUCGGCAUAUCGUCCGACAAAAAGAACGAAAGGGGUCUGCACAUUGCCAUCCCGCAGAUGAUCGCCUGCGCGGGCUUCAUCAUCACGGCGGCGACGCAAAACGGACCGGCGAGGUACGCGGCCGCGUUCCUGUACAUCUCGGGCAGCUUCGCCAGCCUGGCGCCGCUGUAUUCGUGGACGAGCUCGACGCUCGGCAAGACGCCGCAGCAGCGGGCUUGCGCGGUGGCCAUCGUCAACCUCGUCGGUCAGCUGGGCAACAUUGUCAGUCCUUAUUUCUUCCCGUCCGGGGAUGCGCCUAGGUAUUUGCUAGCCAACAUGCUCAUGAUGAUGUGCUCGGCCAUCGUCGUGGUGGCGAGCGUCGUCAUGAAGGCCAUGCUGAAGCGGGCCAACGCGGAGCUCCUGAGGAACAACCCUGCGGCUGUGGUUUAUACCCUGUAAAAGCUAGGGAAGAAAAUCUGCUGGGAGAGGCUAGUUGGUCCAACGACUUGUUUGUUACCCGUCGGCUUACGGUCAAAGAGACCCUUCUGAGAGUGAGAACAAUAGAUGAUAUAGUGGUUUUUUUUGGGGGGUUUUUUUUUGCAGCAAACAUUGUAAAGCGCAUUCUUUGCUUGAAUCAAU